AUGUCCGUUGACCCAGACUCACGUAGAAAAUUGCUAAGCUUGCAAAAAGUUGGUGAAAAUAAGAAAUGUUUUGAUUGUGGUGCACCUAACCCACAAUGGGCGUCUCCUAAAUUCGGAGCUUUCAUCUGCUUAGAAUGUGCUGGAAUACACAGAGGAUUGGGAGUUCACAUAUCCUUUGUACGAUCAAUCACCAUGGACCAGUUCAAGCCAGAGGAAACAUUACGAAUGGAGAUUGGUGGGAAUGAAAGGUUGAGGAAAUAUUUCGAAGACAAUGGUGUUGAUUUGACCUUGCCAGCAAAGCAAAAGUUUGAUAAUUUUGUUGCUGAGGACUACAAGGAGAUUUUGACUUGUGAAGUUGAAGGAAGGGACUAUGUGCCAAAAGAUCAUUCGGGAGAAAAAUUACCAGAUAAGAAUAGUAUUGCUUCGACUACGACCGCCACUACAUCAGCUCGUGGCUCUGGCCCUGGUUUGUCUAAUGAACAGAAGAGCAAGAACGAGUCAUACUUUGCUAGCUUGGGAGCAAAGAAUGAUUCAAGACCUGACCAUCUUCCGCCAUCACAAGGAGGCAAGUAUGCCGGAUUCGGAAACACCCCCGAUCCAACCUCCUCCAAUGGUACAUCAGCAGGCAGCGGCUCAUCAUCAUUUGCCAAUUUCACCGUGGACAACUUCCAAAAGGACCCCUUGGGCACAUUCACUAAAGGAUGGGGGCUUUUUUCAUCCACCGUUGCUAAAUCUGUUCAAGAAGUGAACCAAAGUGUUAUUCAACCUAGUUUGAACCAAAUACAACAAAGUGAAUUUAGCGCUGAAGCUAAAAAGGCCAUGGCUCAAUUUGGUCAAAAAAUGCAAGAGACUGGUAAAUAUGGACAAGAAACUUUCCAAACUUUUACUAAAGAGGUGAAUGAACAAGGAAUAAACAAGACUAUUGAUCAUAGGUUUAACGGAUUAUGGGCAAAGUCAAAUGGUAAUGAUGAUGUUCCCGUUGCGUUUGGUUACAAGAAAACUGAUAACGGAGUCAAGUACGAGAGCUUGUCGGGUGGUUCCAACUCGAAAUCUAAAGAUGAAGAUAAGUGGGAUGAUUUCUAG